AAUAAAUGUUAUUUUUGUGUCAAAAUUCUCUUGUAAUAUUGUUUAUUUAUUGAACCAAAAUAUUAUGUUAAAUUCCAUAUAGACACAUAGCAUAGCACUAUGUAUUUACUAAAUAUAAAUAACCAUCGCAAUGAAUAUGUAAAAUAAUCUAUAAUGGAAGAAAUAUUCACACAACUACAGAUUCGAGGUUACAACAAUAUCGAACAACUUAUUAAAUGGAUGGCUAAAGCCCGUGUAAUAGACCCAUCAAAGAGAGAUACUGAGAGAUGGCUGGUGGAACACUUCAGAGACGUCCCGGACAGCAAGAACAUCACAUUCGCUAAAUUCAAGGAGAUAGUCACCAGUUUUGCUGAACAUCAGAAUAAAUCUAUAGAAGAGAUCACUGCCAAACUCAUUAAAGAAAUACCUUCGGUGCUAGAUGAUGUGGUAGACUCACACCCGGGUAUCUACGUAGCAACACCCGGUUCAGAAAAACUAGCAAUCUACUCCCGGUUAACCGUCUGCAGCAAUACAAGCACCAUCACAGACUAUAGCCAGCUCAUCAACCAAGAUGGGAGCAAUGGGGAAGUGGUUGGCAGUAGCUGCAGUACCGGCGCGGUAGCGGUCGGUAGCAAUGACGAAGUGCCGGCCGGUAGCAAGGGCGAUGCUACCAACUGUAACAUCCAUGUGGUCACCAGUAGUAGCUACGCGGAGUUCUCUGACACCAGUACCAGUUCCAGUUCAGGAGAUUCUACUCCUCAGACUUGUAGGUCUGAUGAAGGCUCCAGGAUGUAGGGAUAUGGAUUCAAGUUGCAAUUGUUUUAUAGUGUUUUAUUUAUUAAAUUAAAAUCUGUAAGCCGA